UCCUACUCCGUGCCGGAGUGCAGCGGAUUGGCUUUAAAGUACGAACCGAAAUCCUUUGUUGAUUUUUCGGCACCGAUGGUGGCACGAGGUGUCCGUACGCGCCGGAACAGGAUACAGUACUACCAGCACUACCAUUAAUUGGCGGUCGCUGUAAUCCCCCGCGCGCGUAUACACCAGUAGGUACGCCGUUUGGAGAAAAUCGCAAUCCAGCUCUCGAAACUCUCACGCUACACUGCUUUCUUUUGGGUCGGCAUCGGCCGGGAGAAAAAAGAAUCAUUGUGCCCCUUCGUUCGCUCGCUGGCUCUCACUUUUGUUUUUUUGGGGGGCGGAAUGUCCGCUCUCGGGCUAUGUUCGCGUACAGUACUCUGCAGUGUUUUCGCUGGAAUACUGCUAAAAUAAAUCGAUAUCCACGUGAUUUUGGGGUUGAAACUUACGCACCCCACUAGGCGGCAUGGCAGCGUUAAGGAAGGCAAGAGUCUUGAAGCGUUACGCGAGCGAACCAAACCGAUGUGAGAGCGAGAGCGCGAACGUUAGGUGGAGGACACGCGAAUUGUUCAACUUCAACUGGCAACCUCCAGACGUGUCGGGCUUCGAAGAGGGAUCGGUUACCGUGCGGCAUUUUUCUGACGUUUAGUACCGCAUUACACAUGCCUAUGCCCGGAUCCGGAACCGGUCGCAUAUGGAAAGCUCGCGUAUUACGGUACGGGAGAGCGUGAAGGAUACAGUGUGUUGGGGGAAGGGUUUUGUUUUAGCUACUCUCGGUACGGACCAGCUGUACGGAAAAACUAAUCUGAAUCAGUGAAACAACACCAACCAAAAAAAAGCCUACUAAAACGGUCUAACAAUAUUCAUACUUUCAGCCGAGUUGUACGUCUACGCGGACGUGUACAUGUGUCAGGGUUUCGUUUGUUGAUAACAGCAGCAACUACCCCCAAAGACAACCCAGAGUAAACGACAACGUUCGGCAAGGUCUGUGCUUUGCUUAGAAAGUGGCAUAUGGUGGUCGUUCUACUAACGCCAGAGGUGGUAACCAGUGCCCCAGUUAUAAAUGAAAUAAGUGUCUUUUUUCGUUGCCAUUAAUCGUUGCCAAGUGCUCCAACAAGAUGGACCUUUACCAGUAUUACAUCUACGAAAAUGCCGAUCAACGGACUAAAAACUGGUUUCUGGCGGGGUCACCGGUUCCAAUCAUUGGUAUCAUUAUCUGCUACUUGGCAUUGGUGUACUACAUAGUUCCUAGAUUCAUGCGAAAUCGGGAAGCUUACCAGCUGAAGACAUUCAUGGGAUUCUACAACCUGUUCCAGGUGGUGUACUGUGUGUUCCUCAUUACGAAUCUAGUAAAAGCAGGAUGGAGACCUUACUUUUUCUAUCGCUGCGUCGAAACCGACUACUCGAACGAACCGAAAGCGAUGCUAAUGGUCGAAACGACGUGGUACCUCCUGAUGAUCAAACUGUUCGAGCUGCUCGAAACGGUUCUGUUUGUGCUGCGCAAGAAACAGAACCAGGUGUCGGUGCUACACGUGUACCAUCAUAUAAGCACAUUUGUGAUAGCGUACAUCUACACCAAAUAUAUUGGAGGAAGCAUGCUAACGUUCUCGAUCGUGGCGAACUGUGUCGUGCACAUCAUCAUGUACUCGUACUACUUCAUGUCUGCGUACGAUGUGCCGGUGUUCAAAUUUCUCGUGGCGAAGUACAAAAAAUAUAUCACCAAAAUUCAACUGAUCCAGUUCUGUCUGAUGAUGACGAACAAUCUGUUCGGGCUCAAUCCGCACUGUAACGUGUCCAAACCGUUUUUGGCCAUGUACAUACCGAACAUCUUCAUACUGACGUAUCUGUUCUACGAUUUCUACAAGAAAUCGUACAGCAAAUCCAAAGCAGGCAAAGUGAAGCAAUGAGGCAAAACACAGCAGCUUGGUCGUGUCCGCUGUCGGGAAGUGCGCCGAAAUCCUUGGAGUGCAAUAAUAAAUCGAUUUUAGCUUCAGCCUAACGACGACUGGAUAGAGCGUGCCGACUCCUGUUGAGACACGCGACUUAUACGACGUAGAGAGCAAAAGCUCCAACAGGGCAAAUAUCGUUUCAAUGCCUUAGCGAGAGGGGAAAGCUUUAACUAAUGUGAUUGAAUUCCGGGGCAUGUAUCGUUUUAUAUGCCAUUGUUUUGUUUUUGUUUUUUUUAAAGGAUUUUUUAUUAUCACAAUGGGGAAGGGCAUGUUGUUGACUACAACUUACGGAUCAGAAGAGGGGGUUAUUUAUGUUUUGUACAAUUUAUUUUUUUAGAUCUUAAGAAUACACUAUCAUAGAACCAUAUUACAAUCUAGUGCUCGCAAUCGGUCGAGUCAAUUACGGGGACAUGGUCCUGUCUUUAUCACUGCGACAUAAACCUUUGCUUCCGAGUGCGUAGAUAGAAAGAGAAGAGAAUCAAUUAAAUACAAACUUCAAUUGCUACUUGCAGUUGCCAAACACACGCUCUCAAUAAAUGCAGAGAUGUUUAUAGAUGUGUUAUGAGGAAAGUAAAAAAAGCUCACAAACUAUUUGAAAUUAUAAACAACGAAUAAUUAUUCCAACAAAUAAAUCAAAAAAAUUAAUUGAAAUAUAA